CGACCUUUCCAGGGCAGCCAUUGCGCGUCCAUGGGCGAGGACCGCGAGGAUGCUCGUCUCACCUUUCGUCGUUGGGGCUCGCGAAUCAAAGCGAAGCUGGCGUCAUCCCUAUCUUCCGUGUCGCUGUCGGAAGCCAAGCUUCGUGGAGGCCUUCUCCUGGGCGAUGAGAUCUUGGUGACGGAAGCGCUUCACACGCGUCGCCGCUGCCAACAGCAGAAUCCAGCUGACAUUUCCAAGGGCUACCAGGACGACACAUUAAAUGGCUUUGAGACCUUUGCUCUAGACUAUCUCCUCCAAGGUGUUUAUUCUCAUUCGUUGGACUCGAUGCUCUCCAAGCGACGGGCAAGGAAUUCUGUUGCGAGACGGAGCGAACUGUUGAAGCGCUUGUGGAAAGACCCGGUCUACAGCCAGGUUCUUCAGCAACAGUUGGAGAGUGUGAUCUUCUCAAUCCUGCCGGCGGAGGAUCCACAGGAGACUCAACUGCAACUGAUGGUGCCAUCAUCGCUUCAUAGAGUCGCCACCCUGGGCUGUGCAGAAAUCCUGAAUGCGCUCAUAGAAGCAUCCCAUUGGCAUCCUUGGAGGGUGCUCGCGGGAUAUGAUUCACCAGAAAGGGAUGAUGUUUGCAUGCCCAGUACCGACUUGCGUCGUUGCCGGGACUACUGCGUCCGUUUUGGCUAUAGUGGCUUCGUUGUGGUGGCAGGCUAUGCCUACUUUCGCCGUGCAGUGACGAAUUCCCUUGAGACACGAAUGUGUGCUGAACUUCAUCUGGCACCCGGACCUGAUGCCUUAUCUGCAAGAUCAACAGCAGCAUUUUUGCUUGGGCAGACAAUGGAAGGCAAAACUGCGUUGGAUUUGGCUUUGAGUCAGGGCAAUGUGGCCCUGGUGCGUGCCCUGGGCCGCAUGGGAUGCGACAUAUGUGACAUCAGCCAUGGCCAAAUCACAGAAGAGAAGAAGGUUUUGGACCGGAUCCUCUACGGAGGCUUGCCACAUUGGUUCGUUCGAACUGUUGGGACACUGGCGCAUAGUGGAUCCCGAUCCGUGGAGGAGGAUGGGAUUGUUUUGGAAAAUCCAGAAGACAUCCGCAACUAUACGCAGAAGGAAGUCGAAGAAGUUCGAUAUGGCACGGGCUUAUCCGCCCCAGUGGCAACGCUUCUGCUGCGACACUAUGGUCAACCAUCUGUUGCGAUUGAACGGUUCCGCUCAGACCCAAAGACAGCGCUGGCGGCCGCCCAGAUUCGGACUGCAGAAUCUGGCAUGCAGCGAAUGAGAAGCGGACCCUGUGGCAUUUGCUUCGAUGAAUCUCGAGGUGAAAUGCAGAAAUUGCUGCCAUGCGGUGGACAGCAUCCCUUCUGUGACGAUUGCCUACGACAAUAUCUGCACGGUGUACUGGAGAGUGGCAAUGCUACCGCUAUGAUUUGUCCAGAGCCAACUUGCAGACUUCCCUUGGAUGAACACGCCGUGGAAGAGAUACUGGGAAAAACGGCCCGUGCCAAAUUUGUGCGCCUGGCAGCUGCAAGAGAUGUGGAUGCUCUUGGGCACAUUGCCUGGUGUCCGGAGCCUGGAUGUGGCAAGGCUGUGGCGCGUGACCAGAAUGCUGGACUGACCGUCAGAUGUGCUUGCGGCUAUCGCUUUUGCUGCAGCUGCAAGCUACCGGGAGGCCACGAUCCUUGCAGCUGUGAGCAAUGGGGAGCUUGGAGAGAAGCGCAUCCUCAACUGGAGCAGCGACACAAGGAGCGCAGGAAACACCAGGAUCGCAACGAAGUCUGGAUCAAUCGCAAUGCACAACAUUGUCCUGGCUGUCAAGGUGUUGUGCAGCGCAAUGGUGGCUGCAACCACAUGGUCUGCCGCUGCGGUGUGCACUUCUGCUACGUGUGCGGUCGACGGUGGGAGGAGCACGAAAUGCAGCGCGGGGGUAUGAAUUACUACCAAUGCCGCUUGCCAAAGGGCCAGCAGCGUCGGAGCCAAACCGCCGAUUUGGAGGAUUUCCAACAGGAUCCUUUGGCACAAUUCGAAGCGCUGGAGAGGAACGAAGCUAGUGCUUGGCGCUGGGUGGAUGAAGCUACCGGUUUGGUGGAGGCCUAUCAUCACGUCGUGCCAUACUCUGAAAAGUCUUCGUCCUCGAGGGCACAAGAGCCAAGAGUGUCGCAAGUUCUUCGUGAGGCUGUGGAGGUCUUGGUCAAUGCACAGAGAACCAUGCGCUGCUGCUGUGUCUUUAGGUGGCACGCCCUGAUGCAGCACCGGGAAACCGGACCUCUGGAGUUUUGGCUGGGUGAGUUUGAAUCUGCUUGUAGCACACUUCAGGCUGCACUUGGACCUACGUUUCAAGCAGCGUGGCACAGCCAAAAGCUGGCUGCGCCGAAAGAGAAUCGCUGGAUACUCUUAGAGUCUCCCUCCGGGGACCUCCAUGAAGUCUUAUGGCGCUUAGAAGCACUAAAUUUAAGUUUGGAUGACUUGAUCCGUCUCAACGACUCUGUACGCAGCUUAGAAGCUCGACUGCUGUCGGGAGCGCGCUCGGGCCGCUUCUACGGUGAGGCUCCGGGCUUGUUAGGCCGCUUGGGCCACAAGUUUUUGAGCUGGUUGGGAUGGUGAACUCCAGCCUUGGAUCACCCAACUGCAGGGUCACCCUCGACUUGCUCAACUUGCUCCCGUGCAGAUCAGUGAGCAUCUCCUUGGGCUUUGUAUAGUGAUGUAGACCCUGACAAGACCAGUUGUUU